AUGCUAAGCCCCGAUGUAGACUGGGCUUCGCCCUUCCAAACCGACAAGCUUCUGGAGAUUCGCUCCUCUGGCAAGAAGAAGCUGCCCGGAAUCAAUGCCAUGUCCGGAAUUGACAAGCAGAUCCUCCACUGCCCUGUCAAAGUUGGAAAGCUAGGAAUUGAAGGGGACUGGCAUGAUUUGACAUUUCAUGGAGGCCCGGACAAGGCCAUCUUGGGUUAUUGCUCUACCCAUUACCCGGACUGGAGAAAAAGCUAUCCGGAGCGCUCUGACAAAUUCGUUCCGGGCGGCUUUGGUGAGAAUUUUGUGACAGCACACAUGAAUGAGCGAAACGUUUGUAUUGGCGACAUUAUUCAGUUUGGCGACACAUUACAGCUUGAAGUUUCUUUGCCACGACAGCCCUGCUAUAAGCUGAAUCAUCGCUUCUCACUGAAGAAUUUUGCGCCAUUGACAUACAAAACGAGCCGCACCGGAUGGUACUACAGAGUCGUGCGCGAGGGCACAGUGUCUGCCGGCGAUGAAGUACGCCUUGUUGAGCGUAAUUGGCCAGAUUGGACGAUUGAAAGGAUACAGGAGUAUCUUCACCGUGAUACGAAUAAUCACGCGAUGAACGAGAAGCUCGCUGCCAUCGAAGCUCUGGGCAAUGAGAGCCGUGGUAUGUUUCAAAACCGUGUGGCCAAGGCCCUUCGCAGGGCGGAGCCCAAAGUUGAGGAAGUGUGGCGAAAUUUCAGAGUCGUCCAACGCAAGCAAGAAACACCACGGAUUAUUUCUUUGCAGCUCGAAGCAGAGGAAUUAGAUGAGGAGCUACCCAAAUCGCUUCUCGGGGCCCAUGCCAGGCUGAGACUGGGUAAUGGCUUGACACGAACAUACUCGAUCGUCUCUGGGGAUGAGGCAGGAGUCGGCAUCGGUAACAAGUUUGAACUCGGCAUUUCUCUGGAUGAAAAUACCCGCGGCGGGUCCAAAUAUAUACACGAAAACGUCAAGGUGGGUGAUGCAAUUGAAGUUGGCCGCAUAACAACAGACGUCAAGCACGGUGCGAUGGCUAGCAAUCACGUGUAUAUUGUCGGAGGCAUCGGAAUUACCGCAUUCGUGGCUAUCAUGAAGAGCGUGCACCAGAUGAACUAUAGUCUUGAGCUGCACUACGCGGUUCGCACGGCCGAAGAAGCUGCGUUUUUGGACAGGCUGGAACUGUUCCGCGAUAGAGUCAAGGUAUACGAUAAAUCCAAAGGCGAGCGCAUGGACAUUCCGAAAAUUGUCAGCAGUCUGCCGUGGAACAGCAAGCUGUACGUUUGCGGCCCGCCCAGGAUGAUGGAGGCGGCCAAGACAGCUGUCGAGGCCAAUGGCCUUUCACACGACGAAGUCCACUACGAAGCAUUUACCGCCGAUGUCUCUGGUGAUCCAUUCGAGGCUGUCGUGGCGAACAAGGGGGACAGAAAGAUAAAGGUCAGCGAGGACGAGAGUUUGCUGGAAGCGCUUCGUCGUGAAUUUCCAGAUGUCCCCUCGAGCUGCGAGGUCGGCAACUGUGGUACUUGCAAGAUUACCCUCAAGGAAGGCCAGGUUGAACACAGAGGCAGCGCACUGGAGCCGGGAGAGCAGAAAGACCACAUGCUUUCAUGCGUGAGUCGAGGAGUUGGAAGAAUUGUUGUGGAAGUGUAG